UGAACGCGUGCGGUUUGUUUUUCCCUUCGAGGCAUAACUGUGGUGUAGGGAGUUUAAGUGAAAAUUUGUACUCAACAAGGUGAAAUAUUAAGCUUACUGGAAAGGUGCAAAGGAUUAGGGGAAAGUGAAUUCGAAAUUUGCAACUUAUCGUGAAAAAGGUGUUUUAUUAAUGGAAAGCAAAUGAAGGCCUGGUGAUCAAGAAGCCAAUCUCAGUUGCUGCUUGACAAAUACGUCUGGAGAGAAUUCAAACUGUGAUAAGAAGAUAUUCUGUGAGAAAAGUUUCAGUGAUAGAAACAAGUGUACUGAAUUUGUGUUUCUGUUGGUUCAACUGAAAGGAGGCGUUCAUUAAGUGGUGAAAGGACUGUUACGAAGGUCGUCUAGCAGCUGGUUGAGGAAUUUCAGUGAUCGGAAAAACAGCCAACAUGGCCUCUACGGAUGGGCACGAGAAUAACGGAUUCGUGGGAGACAGUCCAUCGAUACCGGGUCAGUUCCGGUGGAGCGCCACAAUCGAUCACAGCAGCAUCUACGUGGUUGACGACGAUAAUGGCGUCAAGAGGCGGCAUUCCAGAAGCGGAGAUUCGAUCGCAACAGAACCUGCCGGAUUCAGCUCAACAGCCGCUCUCCAGCCACAGGAAGCGGAAACAGGUCGGGACCAAUGGGGCAAAGGAAUCGAGUUCCUAAUGUCCUGCAUAGCGAUGUCCGUUGGACUCGGAAAUGUUUGGCGGUUUCCGUUCAUUGCCCUGGAAAAUGGAGGCGGGGCCUUCGUCAUACCCUACAUCAUAGUGCUGCUGCUUGUCGGAAAACCCGUGUACUACCUUGAGAUGAUCAUCGGUCAAUUUUCCAGUCGGGGAAGUGUUAAGGUCUAUGAUUGUGCACCAGCCAUGAGAGGUGUCGGGUAUGGACAACUUUUCUCAAUUGUGGCUCUUAUAACCUACUACUCAUCGCUGAUGGCACUCAUAGCCAAGUACAUGUUCGAUUCUUUCAUGAGUCCACUUCCGUGGGCAUACUGCAAACCGGAGUGGGUUGCCGAAGGUUGUGCAGAUUCAGCUUCUACCACAAAACUGUUCAAAAAAUUAGAAAAUGGAACCACCAUAGGCAGGAUUACAAGUUCCGAGUUAUAUUUUAAGCGGGUUGUGUUGAAAGAGAUCGACAGCAUCGAGGACGGAAUUGGCCUCCCAGACUGGCAACUGACGCUGUUCCUCUGUUUGUCCUGGUCUAUCGUUUUACUCACGCUUAUCAAAGGUGUUAAAAGUUCCGGCAAGGCGUCAUAUUUUCUGGCCCUGUUCCCAUACGUGGUUAUUACAAUUUUAUUGGUUCGAGCAUGUACGCUUCCAGGGGCCGUCAAUGGAAUUAUCUAUUUUCUGAAGCCUCAAUGGGAUAAGAUCCUGGAUCCAAAGGUUUGGUAUGCAGCCGUAACGCAAUGCUUCUUCUCGUUGUCGAUUUGCUUUGGCAACAUCAUCAUGUAUUCCUCGUACAACAAAUUCCGCCACAAUGUCUAUCGGGACGCAACAAUCGUAACGACGAUCGACACCUUCACCUCGCUGCUAGCCGGAUGUACCAUUUUCGGGAUCCUGGGGCAUUUGGCCCACGUGAUCGGUAGCGAAGAUGUUGGCACAGUUGUUAAACCAGGAGCCGGACUCGCUUUCAUUUCCUAUCCGGAAGCCAUCGCCAAAUUCGAUGUGUUACCGCAAGCCUUUUCGGUGCUGUUUUUCCUUAUGCUUUUCGUGCUCGGCAUCGGAAGUAACGUUGCGAUGACUUCCUGCGUGAUGACCGUCAUUCGGGAUCAGUUUCCACGGGUUAAGAACUGGCAUGCCGCCUCGGUGAUUGCCGUUUGUGGUGUGGCUCUGGGAAGCGUUUAUGUGACACCGGGCGGCCAAUACAUUCUUACCUUGGUGGAUCAUUUUGGAGCAUCUUUCAUUGCGCUUGUGCUGGCCAUUGCCGAACUCGUUACUCUGGGCUGGAUCUACGGCGUUGAUCGACUCUGCAAGGAUGUCGAAUUUAUGUCCGGCCAUCGUCCCGGAAUCUACUGGCGGUUGUGCUGGCGCUGGAUUACUCCCCUGCUGAUGUUCGCCAUUUUGGUGUAUAAUCUGAUCAGUUUGGAACCACUUACUUAUCAGGGACAAGUGUAUCCCAAUAUUGCCUAUGAUUUCGGUUGGUGCAUAGCAGCAUUCGGUCUGCUCCAAAUUCCUAUUUGGGGUAUCUAUGCAAUAAUAAAACAAGACGGUAAAAAUAUCACGGAGAAAAUGAUCAAUGCCUUCCGGCCCCGUAAGAAUUGGGGACCCAUCGAUGCCAAUCUUCACCACGAGUACAAAAAGUUCAUCAAUCAAGAAUAGUUAAGUGCUAGAGUACAAACAUUCAAUCUUCAUUAUCGAACUUCAAUUGGGUGCAGAAGUUAACGCUGAGUGCUGCCAUACAAGAAUGGAAAUGAUGGAAGCUACACUAUUAAACAAAACAUUUCCAGUGCUUCUAAGUUAUUAUUGAUUAGAGAUUUGUGAUAUCUUUACGAAUAGAUAAGAACUAGGUUAGCCCGUACAUUUUAUUAUAUUAUAUUUAUUGGUUCCAAUUUUAUAAAAAGUCAAAUGAAUAAUAUCCUUAGCUGACGACACCAGAUAACUUUUAAGAGUUCACUUUAGAGAGAUUUCCCAAAAAAGGCACAUUUUCCGAUGAAAGAAAAACAAUCCCUGAUACGUUGAAAAAGUAGAUUUGAUUGAUACAAUCUAGUUCGAUGGUUUACGAGAUGGAUCUUCUUCGAUGAGGGAGCCAGCUCCGUCACAAGCUAUAAACACCAGACGUCCAUUUUUGGGGUCAACUCGGGUUACCGGUAGGGUUUGAUCUUUGUCAACCAGGAUUUUCUGCAAAAAGGCAAAAUUAAAUU